AUGGCAUCUGCUUACUUUGCACCCAUUGGCGAUAUAGGCCGGAAAAUGAAGGAGGACAACCUGACAUGUACCCUCGAAGACAUGGACAGAAUGCAGGGAGAAAGACACGUCGACGAUCCAAACCCCCAAGAAGGCCUGGCGCCCUCCCAGCAUCUGCAUUGGCCGACAGACGCCGGUGUCGAUGAUCUCAGCUAUAUGGACUUUCACAACCUUGCCUCCUCCGUUCCCAAUUCCCCACCCUCCCUCGCCAUGAUGAACAAUAUCAUGUCGUAUGAUGCUUCAGGCCAGCCAAGCUCGUCAGCCUGGCCUCACGCAGACCCGGUAAUGGCAAUGACCCUGACAACGACUACGGAAAACCCCAUGCCGCCACACUCCUACCCGAGCUUACCCGUCUCGCGAUGUAACUGUAAUAGCACGACGGGACCUUGCGCCGGCCACCUGGAACAGAUUCGCUCUCACAUCUUAGGCGGUGCGGCUUCUCCGCCCCAUAUCCAGCAGCAGCAGCGUGGCGAUUGCCAAGUCGGAUCCGACGUUGAUCCCCGAGCAGAGUCUGGUCCGCUUCCGACCCCGGGAGGUCGGUACAACGCCGCAAACCAUGGUGAGUCAAAGCAACGCCCACAGCUCCUCGCCCACCACGAAGCGACGAGUAGCUCUUCUUCCUCGAAAACCAGAACCAGACCUAGUGGUGACAGCAGUCCAAGAGCUGGAGGAACAAGCUCAGCAACAGAACCAGCCACAUCCUCAUCCUCAUCUGCUGCAUCAUCAUCAGGAGACGUCAGCGCAGUUUCUAAACGUAGUACAGACACCCAGGACGUCACGGAGCGCUUCGAGACCCUCCUCGACGCAAUGCGUGCGGCCGGGUUCCAGGACUUCGACCAGAUGGCCGUAGCUUAUUACACCGGACAAUUCACGACUAACAGCCUGCCCGCCAUCUCCCAGUGCGCUAGUCGCAGCCGACGCCUCAAGACGGUACUACAGGCCCUCCAGGAAUGCAGUGGGCAAUGGCCAAGACGGGAGUCGCGCGGGCUCUACGAGGGUCUUUUGGAUACUGCAACAUCCCUCUGCGUCCAAGAAAUCGACCGCGUUAAUAAGAGCAUGAGCCCUGAUCUACUUCCCGUGGAACCGGGGAAUUUUCUUUCGACGCUGGGCUGGCUGCUCUUUAAUAACCACGACGAGAACGAGAUGGACAGCGACCGGGAGGUAUUCAAGGGGAGGAAUGGUCAUAGACUAGAGGAAAUAAGGAAACUGGCGGAGCAGAUGGAGACGUAUCAGGACUCGAUGUUGCAUCUUUGGCCCCUUUUGACUGAAUUGGCUGGCCCCCAGGGGCUAUAUUGCGAUAAGAUGGCUCAGGUGGUCUUGGUUGUUUUGCUUUACGCACGGGUUUUACAAUGA